UCUGUCUCUCUCUCUCUCUCUCACUGUGAAGUGUGAGCUGCAUGCCCGCUCACACGGACACACCACCGUCCUGCUUAUGGAGGCACACACGUCCUUUAUCGCCCCUUUAUACGAAGCGAGGAGGCUGCAAUCAGUUGUGAAGACACGUUUCUGACCGUUGCCCUUUGGUUUCAGGUGGAAAAUCUCCCUUUUUUUCCCGCAGGCAUGUCUACGAGAGACUCAGUGGAGGCAGUAGAGCAGCAGCAGUUUUCUUCUCUCCAGCCCCAGCAGCAGCAGCAGCAGUGUGAGCAGAGCAGCAGGAGCCAAUGGUCAUGGUGAAGGAGAAAGUGGCCCAUCCUCAGGAACCCCAUCACCCCCCAGAGAAGCUGGUCAUCCAGUGCUACAAGUGUGGGGAGCCAUGCAAAGGGGAGGUGCUGCGUGUGCAGUCGAGGCACUUCCACAUCAAGUGCUUCACCUGCAAAGUGUGUGGCUGUGACCUGGCACAAGGGGGAUUCUUCAUGAAGAAUGGAGAGUAUUUAUGCACGCUGGACUAUCAGAGACUGCACGGGACACGCUGUAACGGCUGUGGGGAUUUUGUUGAAGGAGAAGUAGUGACAGCCCUGGGGAAGACCUACCACCCUGCAUGCUUCGUCUGCACCAUCUGCAAACGACCGUUUCCUGCUGGAGACCGCGUCACCUUCAAUGGAAAGGACUGUCUUUGCCAGCACUGCGUCCAGCCAAUGUCCCCCCCUCCAAAAGACAUCAGCGCUUCCAGUAACUGUGCAGGCUGUGGCAGGGAUAUAAAGAAUGGACAGGCUCUGCUGGCCUUGGACAGACAGUGGCAUCUCGGCUGCUUCAAGUGCAAAGCCUGCGGCAAAGUGCUGAGUGGAGAGUACAUCAGCAAGGAUGGAGCUCCGUACUGUGAGAGGGACUAUCAGAUCCACUUUGGGGUGCAGUGUGAGGCCUGCCAUCAGUUUAUAACAGGGAAAGUUCUGGAGGCAGGAGAUAAGCACUACCACCCCAGCUGUGCACGAUGCAGCCGGUGCAACCAGAUGUUCACGGAGGGGGAGGAGAUGUACCUGCAAGGCUCAACAGUGUGGCAUCCAGACUGUAAGAGCAACACCAGAGUAGAAGAGAAGUACAGGCUCCUCCCUCCCUCUGUAACCUCACUGCACCAAUCAGAAAGGCAGCCCACAAGAUCUUCGUCUGAGAGUAUCUGUUCUCGACCUGGCUCCAGCAUCCCUGGCUCUCCGGGUCACACCAUCUAUGCAAAAGUAGACAAUGAAAUCAUUGAUUACAGGGACCUAGCAGCCAUCCCCAGGGUCAAGGCCAUUUAUGACAUAGAACGUCCAGACAUGAUAUCCUACGAGUCUCUCCACUCCACCUCCUCUACCCUGGACAGACAGGGCAGACACAGCCCUGGAGAGAGUACAACAGGUGAUCAUUCCCCCAGAGGCCGUGCCACAACCAUGCCACAAGAUCUUUCCCCUUUGUCAGCACCUCUGUCAGCAGAGACAUCUCCAAGGACCUUGUCGCCCACCCCCUCUGCUGAGGGCUGCUAUGACAUGAGAGAGCGCAUUAUGCAGAGAUCUACCAGCCAGGGCUCAAUUGGCUCGCCCGUGUACAGCCGCCACAACUACACGCCCUCACUGUCCAAAUCACCCCAGCACUUUCACAGACCAGGUAUGCUGAAGCUCUGCUCCUCUUUGCGUUCUGGCAACAGCGACAACCGCCCCACUUCCCCUUUCCGACAUCACUUCCUCCCCCAUAACAAAGAUUCUUUCUGCAUAGGCACUGAGCCAUCGAGUGGCCGCAGUUCCCCCCUUUCCUCCCGGCCGGCCACCCCGACCCUCUCUCUGACCCCUAAACAUUUCCACAUCCCAGACCAAGGCAUGAACAUGUACAGAAAACCACCAAUCUACAAACAGCAUGAUUCAGCUGCCCUGGCAGCGCAAAGCAAGUCUGCCGAUGACAUCAUCAAAUCUUCCAAGUUCCCUGCCGCUCAUGCUCCCCAGCCGGAUGAAACACCAAAGAUUGAGACUGACUACUGGCCCUGCCCUCCUUCCCUUGCUGCCCUAGGCUCAGAUAUGAGGAGCCGUUCACGAGAUGAAGAGGAGGAGGAGCAUCUGAAACGCAGACAUCUCCAAGAAGAGCAUCUCAGCAAGAUCCAGUCUGGUCUGGGGAAGCUCAUUCUGAAGGAAGAGAUGGAGAAAGAGAUGAACAGAGAAAGAUAUGCCCGCACUCAGACCACUCAGCGCUAUGACUCUCAGUACACCAACUGCACUGCGGAUCCCAGCUGCCCAACAUCCAAAACCUCCUCACUGCCGGGAUAUGGAAGGAAUGGCCUCCAUCGGGUAAGCAACUCUCCCCAGUCCACAGAAUUUUCUCAGUAUAACAGUUAUGGAGAUGUCUGCAGAGGUCAGAGAGAUUUCAAGCCCAUCCAAGAUGGCCAGGUCCCCAUAAGCAGAAUGGACAGGGGAUUGUCAAUGCCUAAUAUGUUGGAACAUAAAGUGUAUCCAUAUGAAAUGCUCACUGUCACCAACAGAGGGCGUGCUAAGCUCCCGAAGGAUGUGGACAGGACGAGACUGGAGCGUCAUUUGGCACCCGAGGUUUUCUUUGACAUCUUUGGAAUGGAGAUCCAAGAGUUUGACAGACUUCCCCUGUGGAAGCGCAAUGACAUGAAGAAGAAGGCCAAGCUCUUCUAGCCAGGAAUCUGCAUGUUUUAAUUUAUCAGCCACUCCAAUAAUGUAUUAUAGAUAUAGUCUUCUGAUUUUCUUUUCCUUUAUUAUUAUUUUAUUCCUUUUAUUUUGCCUUUUUUGGUUUGCUUUCCAACAGUCUGCUAACACACAGACAUAAUUUAUCUCCUUUUUGCUUCGAGAUUACAACUACCCCCUUUUUUGCCCCGGAUGCAGAGUUUUCAUUUAGGUGGAAGUUAGGUUAGGAGUGAAAUACAGUGCAAUUUAACCCUUUGAGGGGAGGACAGAGGAGCGAAGAGAGGCCAUCAUCUCUGUACUCUCAUUAAACCUGCCUUCAGAGCAAAAGCUUUCUCUUCUUUCACUCCUUCCUGCCCAUCUCAUAAAACAGGACUGUAAUUUUUGGGGUGGAAAAGGAGUGGGGGCUGAAGGCUAUCGGCAGGGUUCUUCCUCUAAAGAGGCUAUUAAGGUGUUGGAGGCACAAGAGUUCCAGCAGCCCCCUGCCGGCGUGGCCCUAACAAGGGCCUUGAUGUGCAUUAACAGGGGGAAGUGAGAGCUACUGUGUGGAGCUGAAGAUGACAGACCUGGGUCCUGCCUGCAGGGGAAAGAAAGGUCUGGGUUUUGGCUCUGGAACACAUUAGAGCCUGUAGAGACUCAGAGAUGUGUCAGCUGUGGCCUACCUCCCUGCCAUCUCCUCUCAAGCCUUGAGUCCUAGCAUAAUCUUGCCAUGAACAAAAUGCUCCUGAGCUGGAUGCUCUUUCUCUAGCCUUUUAGUCCCAUCUCCUAUUUUUUUAACUUAUGAAAAGCUAAUAUUAUAUGUCAGGUGAGGUGGUGGUGGUGAAAGCUUAGGAAGUUAAAGUCCGCUGCUUGCUCCCCCCUUAAAGCAAGAAGGGAGAAUGUCCACCACCAGAGGUCAGGCUUGUGUCGUAUGUACGGAGGGGGAAUAGAGAGGCUUUCUGCUUAGCUCCCUCCAGAGUACCACCGAAUUUGACAAUCCUCUCCUUUUGACCACUAUCAUAACUGCAAUAUAUAUCUUUUAACAGCAUAUCACUUUGAUUAAAGCUAAAUUUGAAAAGUCUUUGAUAUUGACUGCUUUUUAUAAAGCUGAAAUAUUCCAAACUGCCACUGUGUUGCUGGAGUAUCGAUGGAGCUGUAGCCAUAGCAUUUGUGCCAGAAGUAGGUUUGAUAUCAGGGCCCUAUCUGCCAUUCCGUUUAAAGCUGCCGGACGAUGCCGUUCCCAUAGACACUGGGUGUGCUUGCAGUAGUGUUAUGGGCUGAUGCUGAUCUUUAUUCCCAGGAGUGUCCUGUGAUGCUAACAGGGUUAAUGACUUUGGACUGGGAAAUGAAAAAAAACAAUUUAGUUUUAUAAUAUCACACAACACAUAUGAUGAGUUUAUGGUGACUCUUAGAACCCAAGCUAUUUCACAUGUACAAUGGAAUGAAGAAAAGUUGGUUUUGAUACCCAUGCUGUGUUCCUCGCCCUUUUCUGUCUUUUAUGAAGGAAAGAUUUGAUGACAAUGAUGUAAAAUCUCAACUGAGUAAUAAAACUCUGCUUCAGAUAUUCAUA